CCGAUGGUAGGACUGUUCUCUAAAACCCAAGUGACAAGCGAGAAAGCCCUAUUUGUAACUGUACAAGUAUUUCAACUGUAGGUCUUUCCAUCUUCUCUGAGCCUCAAGACUACGAUACAAAAAUAAGUGAGACAAAGAAGUUUUGAAAUACAAGGAAGAAGAGAUGCUUGCUUGUCUUGGACUCAUCUUCAUGACCCAGUGGCUGCUUUUGGUCGCCCAGACGUAUGUUGACUGGCAAUGCACAGAUUUGGAGAUGCCAGAACCACCUAUCAGAAAUUUGAUAUUAAAUCCUUGGAAAAUGGAACUGAGUUGGAUAAGCAGUAUGAAUUUCACCGAGUACAAUUGUUCUGUGGCAGCAGGCAAGGAAAUGGCCAUUAUAAAGGUAGAGGACAUGACCUGCAUAUUUGAUGGAAAUCUAGUGUUUCCUCUGCACAACGGGGCAAACUUUUCAGUUACAGCAGUGAACAACAACAGCACAUACUCAAGCAUAUGCAGAUAUAUUCCUCGAGGCAUGAAUGGAUCAGCCAUUGAAAACUUCUCCUGUGUGAUUUAUGAUGUUUCUCUCAUGAACUGCACUUGGCAGGCAGGCAGGAAUGCUCCAGGAGAUACCCAAUAUUUUCUCUACUGGAAGAAUUCAAGAGAAGAUAAUGAGACAGAAUGUAAGCUUUACAUUAAAGAUGAAAAUGGAAGACACAUGGGAUGUAGAUUCCAAAAUGUGAUGAUUGAAGACAAAAUUGCUUACUUCAUGGUGAAUGGGUCUAGCAAUGUCUCCCAGAUCCUGUUCUAUGAUAUGUACAUCGAACUGUAUACCAUUGAAAAGCUCAUGCCUCCUUCAAAUGUCACUGUCAAUUGUGACAAAAAUCAAAAUGAUUGCAUAAUUCAGUGGCAACGACCCCAAAUAAGUCAUUUGGACAAAGACAGGUGUUUUAAAUAUGAAGUCAAAAUAACAUAUAAGGGUAAUUCUGCAGAAGAGAUCAUACAUACUUUUACAAAAGAAAUUGAAAGAAGCCACAUACUUCAAAGUUACAAUAUGGGAAAGAAGUACCUUGUAAAAAUCAGAGCAGCUGGCCAAGACUGUCUUGUGAAUGAAGCCUGGGGGGAGUGGAGUGCAGCUGUUGAGUUUGGAAACGAAGACAGUUUUUCUUCUUCAGUAUGGAUUUUAUCUGUGGUGGCAGUUGCAAUAUUCUUGAUGGCUUUUUUCACUGUAUUGUUCUGCAAAAGGACUCAUUAUUGGAAAAGAGCAUUUCCACAAAUCCCAAAGCCAAAAAAUCCAUUUAAUGGACAGCCUGAUAUAAAUCCAGAGCUGAUGGAGUGCAAAAUGCAGUCAAUAACAUCUGAAAAUGAACAGAUUUUAGUUGCUGAAACAGUAAAAUAACAAAGAAAAAAUGAGGAACCUGAAAGCUCAGGCAACUGUAUGUCCCUGUGGAAAUUUGGGAAUAAUAAUGCACAGGCCUUCUUCACUUCCUUUUCUUGGCAAAAACAGUAUUACAGCCCAUGGCAGUAUUACAGCCAUUACACUUUACACCUAAUUUUUUGAAUGCUAUUGUAUUUCUUUUAAUUUUGGCUGACUUUAACUGU